AUGUACUGGAAGUUGGCGCUGUGGGUGUUGCUGGCAGGCGUUCUGUGCGGCGUGUGCGAGAGCAGGAAGAACCGGCCUCAGGGUUCCAUCCCCUCCCCAUACAAAGCCAAUGGCAACACGUCGGAUCGCCGCAGCCGCAAGCAAGAGGUCCUAGCGUCCAGUCAGGAGGCGCUGGUGGUGACGGAGAGAAAAUACCUCAAGAGCGACUGGUGCAAGACGCAGUCUCUCCGUCAGACGGUCAGCGAGGAGGGCUGCCUAAGCCGCACCGUCAUCAACCGCUUCUGCUACGGACAGUGCAACUCCUUCUAUAUCCCCCGUCACGUCAAAAAAGAACAGGAGUCCUUCCAGUCGUGCGCUUUCUGCAGGCCGCAGAAAUUCACCACGCUGACCGUAGAGCUGGACUGCCCCGACCUGCAGCCGCCUUUUCGACAUCGCAAGAUCCAACGUGUCAAACAGUGCCGCUGUAUAUCGGUCAGCGUGUCCGAGUCUGGGAAGCAGUGA